AUGAAAGAUGGUAAACCCGACAAGCGCUCCAGUCAGACAUUUACAGUUGUAGUGAGUUGCAAAUACGCCCCAAUACGCUAUCUGGGAGCUUCCUUUCAAUUCCAAAAGAAAUGUAGCAGUCGCAGAAACGAUGGUUUCAUUGAGCUAGAAACUUGGGACUGA